UUUCUCUUCAUAAAUACAAGAAUCCGCUAGCCUUGAAACCCCGACCCUGUAUGCUGUUACAGUCUCGGCUCAUAGGCAGUCCUCAGUUGGGAAUUCUCCGAGAAAGUCACACUUCCGCUCGAGAAAUCUAGCAAUGGUACCUCCGAUCCUUUCUUUGGCUCUGCCCUCCGAGACCGGCCGAGUUCUCAGUAUUCAGUCUCACACAGUUCAGGGAUAUGUUGGAAAUAAAUCAGCUGUCUUCCCUCUCCAGUUAUUGGGCUAUGAUGUGGAUCCAAUUAAUUCGGUGCAAUUCUCAAACCAUACAGGAUACCCAACUUUUAAGGGCCAAGUUUUGAAUGGACAACAGCUAUGUGAUUUGAUAGAAGGCCUUGAAGCGAAUAAUUUAUUAUACUAUACUCAUUUAUUAACAGGUUAUAUUGGUUCAGUUUCUUUUUUGACAACUGUAUUGGAAGUUGUCAGUAAGCUUCGUUCUAUAAACCCGAAAUUGACAUAUGUCUGUGAUCCAGUGAUGGGUGAUGAUGGAAAGCUCUAUGUCCCUUCAGAACUAGUAUCAGUAUAUCGUGAAAAGGUUGUCCCAGUGGCUUCAAUGUUAACUCCCAACCAGUUUGAGGCUGAACAGUUGACUGGUUUCAGGAUUGGCUCCGAAAGAGAUGGCCAGGAAGCUUGUAACAUUCUUCAUGCUGCAGGACCAUCAAAGGUUGUGAUUACAAGCAUAAAUAUAGAAGGCAAUCUUCUCCUUAUUGGCAGUCAUCAGAAGGAAAAGGAUCAAUCUCCUGAGCAAUUUAAGAUCGUCAUUCCCAAAAUUCCUGCAUAUUUCACGGGAACGGGAGAUCUUACAACUGCUCUUCUACUUGGUUGGAGCAAUAAAUAUCCUGACAACCUUGACAAGGCAGCAGAGCUUGCGGUAUCAAGCUUGCAGAUCAUCGUUGGAGUUUUUCCUAUCCGUGCAGGCACUACUGCAGAGGACAAUGAAUGAUUAUAGAAGUGCAGGACAUGAUCCCCAGUCAAGCAGUUUGGAGAUUCGUUUGAUUCAAAGCCAGGAUGACAUUCGGAAUCCACAAGUUAAAUUGAGAGCUGAAAAAUACAAAUAAAUGGGUGAUAUUUACGGCACCGUAUUUGAAUAACAUUGUACCCAGAUCAUGCCUGUGGCUGCAUAAUUAGUUUAUAAAAAUAAAAUAUGUGCUUUGGUUUCGAUCA